AUCAGAGGUGAAUCAGAAAGAAAAAGAGGCUGUUCAGUGCAGCGUUCUCUCUGAUCCUUUCUGUAGCAGCACACCAUGGCUGUAUGGUAGAUAUGUAGAAGUUAAUUUUAUUCUUCAAAUACGGACAAGAUCAAUCCACUCUCAUUAGUGGAAGCCCUGAGCAAGCAUACCUCCAGGUAUUGCUACGAAACGUUCAGCCUUUCAUCAACGACACUCGAGAGGAAAAUAACAACAUCAAGGUAAGAACAGAAUCAUUCCGGAAUGGAGGUGACUGAAGUGGAAUGCACUCUCAACAAGGAGUUCCUUCUGCCUAAUGGCGAAGUUGGCAGGCGGGAGGCGCACAAAUCGGCCAAGCUCAGCUUGUGUCGGGCAUCUUCAUCGGCCAUCGUUCUGCGCAUCAGUCAACCGGACAACAAAGAAACAGCUUAUCGCCUCAAAAUCGGCCAGGUGCAGCUGCACAAACGAUUCCUUAAAGAAGGCCGAUCCACAAUUGUUCUGGCCGAACCCAAGGCGCGACUAUUCCUAAGCAAUUGUCCGCCUGGCCAUUUGUCCAGUUUUCUCAGAACAAUGAUGAUCAAGCUGACUGGCUCGCAGGUCAGUACGCCACAAGCAGCGGCGGCAGCGGGACAGCCAAGGCGUGUACCUCUAGCACCCUCCUCUCUGGAGAACAUCAGCCCGCUGACAGAAGUGGACGUGGACAGGGCUGAAAAGGUAUUGGCCAGUAAGCAGUCCACCACGCCUCAGCGUGUCCCGUCACGCUCGGUGUUUGCCAAGCGCAAGCCACUCAGCCCGGUUGGAAAGGAGAACCCUAAACAGCCAUGCUUGAGAACUGGCAGCUCUCACAGUGUACCUGGAACGAGUAUUGGUGGUGGCAAGGGAGCACAGCGUAGUCUGAUCCAGCGCACCAUGUCUCUGACAAAGCAACAGCAACAAGUGCUCCAGCUGGUACGCUCCGGUAAGAGUAUCUUCUUGACCGGUGGAGCGGGUACGGGAAAGUCGUUCCUGCUACGCCGCAUCAUCUCAACGUUGCCACCGGAAUCAACGUUCGUCACUGCAAGUACCGGUGUUGCAGCUUGCCACAUUGGAGGAGUGACAUUGCACUCAUUUGCUGGCAUAGGAACUGUGCCGGGAACUCCCGAGGAGAAUGUUGCCAGGGCAUCACGAGAUGUUCCAGCCGGCAAGUGGCGACGAUGUUCGUAUCUCAUCAUCGAUGAAGUUUCCAUGGUGGAUGGCGAGUUCUUCGAUCACCUGGAAUACGUUGCGAGAGCCGUACGUGGAAGCAAGAAGCCGUUUGGUGGCAUACAGCUAAUCUUGACCGGCGAUUUCUUUCAACUGCCACCUGUGACGGCUGCUAGCAAGAAAACCCAGUUUUGUUUUGAUGCAAAGUCGUGGAGACGCUGUAUCCAGGUUAACGUUGAGCUGAAGGAGGUAUUCAGACAGUCCGACCCAGAGUUUGUUGCCAUGCUUGGAGAAAUCAGACAGGGCAGGUGCACGGCAAGCACAACCAAACGCUUGCAGGCCACGAGCUCCCAGACCAUCGAGUCGAAUGGUGUGAAGGCUACUCGACUCUGUACACAUCGUGAUGCAGUCUCACAGAUCAAUGCAUCGCAGCUCGAGGCUCUGACCAGCAAGUCUUGCCUAUUCACGUCUAUGGACUCUCCGCCAGAAGCGGCGAGUCGUUUGAACCAGAUGUGUCCGACCCCGAGCCAACUCUCACUGAAGGUCGGAGCCCAGGUGAUGCUCACGAAGAACAUCUGCAUGUCGAGUGGCCUGGUGAAUGGGGCCCGUGGCAUAGUCACAUCAUUUGAUCCAGCCUCAGGGCUGCCUACAGUUCAGUUCAUGAAUGGCUCUCGGAAGGUGAUAGGCAGGGAGAAAUGGGUGUUUGGUAGCACAGGUAACAUGCUGGUACGUUGUCAACUGCCACUGCAGUUAGCUUGGGCAAUCUCAAUCCAUAAGAGUCAGGGAAUGUCACUUGACUGUGUGGAGAUUUCCCUUGCGCGCGUGUUCGAAUGUGGCCAAGCGUACGUGGCACUGUCCCGAGCGCGCAGCCUCGACACGCUGAGAGUGAUCGACUUUGACCCUAGCUGUAUCCAUGCUCAUUCGACGGUGGCGGAGUUCUACAGGAGAGCUCAACACGAGCUAGGCCGCCCUAUAGUUCAAGAAGCCUUCGACUAGCUUCUCAUAUGGCAAGUCUCAAAGCCUCACAUAGCUACAGUCCUCUAUUUAUGCCCCUUGCAGAAACAACCCUACCAAAACAAUCCUACUGACCGUAUACCUCACACGAUACCAGUAAGUGCUUACCGGAAUCUUAAAAUUACCAACUCCCUCAUGCUCUAACCAACUCAAGUAACCAAUGCCGCUAACAGGCAUCCCUUGCUUGUUUCCGACAGUGCCUUUUUAGUGGAUGUCCGAUGUCUUCAAUCCGAGGCUUUUGGAGAUAUCACUCCAUCUCGUGUUCACAUAUUGUUUCACCGAGUUAUUUUCAAUGUAACAAAAUUAAGACAGGACUCUACCUACCAACCUUUCAUUCAAACCACUUGAGACCCUUUUUAUGUUUUCACAUUGGAAGAGUAACCCUAUCCGUUACGUUGUCUGUUUGUGCACGGGCAUUUUUCUUGUGUACUUUUUAAAACUUCAAGUAAUUUGCCUGAAAGUCACUUGAAAAACGUUUGUCAUGGAAAACAAGAAUCCACAACUGCUACAAUGUUAGUGUGACGACACGAGUACUAUGUUCACUCUCCUCUUUUUUCGUUGUUCAAUUUCUGUCUCCACGUCGACUUCUUGUAGAGAUAUUUCGUUCAUCUUUGUCUCCUUUGAAGUGCAACAGGACCCUGA